AUGUCAUUGAAUGUUGGUAUCUUGGGGCAUGUUGACAGUGGAAAGACUACGUUAACGAGAGCUAUGGCUGAAAUGGCAUCCACAGCUGCAUUCGACAAGCAUGCGGAUAGCGGUGGUAGGAGAAAUACGCUUGAUUUGGGUUUCUCGUCUCUUACUGUUUCUGACCAUCGACUUGCAUUAAUUGAUUGUCCUGGACAUGCCGGUCUCAUCAAAGCAGUCCUAGCUGCAAGCAGCGUCUUUGACAUGGCAAUUGUUGUGAGUAGCUCUCUAUGGUUAUCUUUUGAAAAUCUCUCAUCUCCUUUUGUUUUUGCUUAUUUCUUUAAUAAGAUUUUGCUUUUUUUUUUCGCGAUCUAGGU